UAAAGUACAUGUACAUAGGAAUUUCAAUUUGCACUAGAGCUCAUCCCUUGUGAGUCUCCUUACUCGCCGGAAAAAGGACCGGCGACCACCCAACCACCCACUACAAGUUUUUUGCUUAAAAAUAGUGGAAAAUGCAUGUACUGAGCAUCCUUUAUUUGGUGGGGCUAUAUCAAUGAUCUUUCCUGCUAGAUUCCAGGAUUUGAGCAAUGUACGGGAAGUUCCCGAUCAUCAGGAAGCGUUUGCUGAUCCUAGUCGAGAUGAAAGUCUCAUUGUUGAAUUGUUAGAGCUGAAGCAAGAGGUUGCCGAUGAAGGUAGUGCCGUGUGGUUCCUUCAAGACCUUGCUAGGGAACAGGAUGCUGAAGGUGGUAUGUUGAUUGAGCAAUCAGGAGUCUUGGAGGUUCCGGGAUUGUGCUACGGAAGCACACCUGCUGUCGUCACCAGUGCUGUUGGUCAAAUGGCCAUUUCUAAGGGGCGUCAAGGAAGAGAGGCACAAAAUAUAUUAAGGGUUUAUUUGGCCAAUCUGCGUCUUAAGGAAGUUGGCACAGAUAUCUUGAUCACUGCCUAUGAGCCUGUUGUUAUUAGUCCUUUAAGUGAGAGUGCUAGUACUGUUGGUGCUGGAGUAGUAUCGCCCGCUGAACAAUCUGGAUGUAUGCCAAUGGCUGAGGUCUUCAAGCUUUCUGUUUCUAGCUUCAAAGUCAAUGAUUGGAGCCUUUUCAAUGCUUAAAGAUGUUAUUUUUAGUAAAUAGCAGUAUAGCAGUGGUGCGCUUUUGUGCGAAGUAAUUUGUAGUUAGAUUUUUGCUACCAGAAGAUAAUACUUGGAAAUUGUCAAUCAUUUAUCUCAAAUCUUGUAUGUUAAACUAAUUGCGACAUGUACAUGGAUUGUUUUGCUCACUCCUUGCUCGUACAAUCUAAUAUGCUAGCUGUGUGUAUGUUUUUUGAAACGGGAAAGUAAUUUGUAACUUGUGAUCAUCCUGUCGAAAACAGGGAAGCUCCUA